UCAGUUCGCACAGCCAUGCGCGUUCCUUUUCAUCCACGCUCCCGUGGGUUAGCCUGUGUCCAAGCCGAGGGUCUUCAACAGGGCAGACAAAUGCCGUCAAAAAUCAUAUUUGAAAGCGAGGAACACACCAUGAGCGAAGAUAUGGACACUGUUGCGGAAGUUAAACCCGUAAAGAACAAGACCAAGGAGAGCAAGAAGCUGAAGAAGAAACAACAGGAACAGUUGGAGGAGCAGGAGGACCCAGACUGUGGCCCCCCAGCAACAAAGAAGAAAAAGAAAAAAGACAAGAUGGCAGUGGACCAAGGGAACGACCUCUCAGAUGAGGCCACUGACAUGAAUGGCAACAGCAAUGGUGUUGUAACACCAAAGCAGAAGACCAAGAAGAACAAAGAAGAAGCAGAGAAAAAUGAGAAGAAGCAAAAGAAAGCAAUUGCAGAGGCAGCAACCAAUGGACAUUCCACCCCAUCCACCCCAGUUCAGACUCCCAUCCCAACACCAUCCCAGUCAAGUGAGGACUCAGCCAGUGACAGUGAAAAAGAAGUGGAAGAGACACCAGAGCAGAGAGAAGGGGCAUUUUCCAACUUCAGAAUCUCCCAAGUCACUGUUGAUAAACUGAAAGCUCGGGGAGUCUCAUACCUGUUUGAUAUUCAGGUUAAGACAUUUAAUCCUGUUUAUGAUGGAGAGGAUGUGAUUGCCCAAGCCCGAACUGGAACAGGAAAGACAUUCUCCUUUGCUAUACCUUUGGUGGAGAAGCUCCAAAGGGAUUCAGGAGAGAUGACCAGAGGCCGAGCUCCCAAGGUCCUGGUUUUGACUCCCACUAGAGAGUUGGCUAUCCAGGUCGCCAAGGACUUCAAAGACAUAUCCAAGAAACUGGCUAUUGCUUGUUUCUAUGGCGGCAGCUCUUACAACCCACAAAUCGAUGCCAUCCGUAAUGGUAUUGAUAUUCUGGUUGGAACUCCUGGUCGCAUCAAAGAUCACCUUCAGAACAACAAGCUCAACCUGUCUAAGCUGAAACAUGUCGUUCUUGAUGAAGUGGACCAAAUGUUGGACAUGGGAUUUGCAGAACAGGUUGAAGAAAUUCUGGGUUCAUCAUAUAAGAAAGACUGCGAGGCCAACCCACAGACUCUUCUGUUUUCGGCCACCUGCCCCCCCUGGGUCUAUGAAGUGGCCAAGAAAUACAUGAGACCAGGAUGCAAACAUAUUGACUUGAUUGGCAAGAAAAUGCAAAAAGCUGCAACAACUGUUGAACACCUGGCCAUAGCAUGCCACUGGUCGCAGCGGGCAGCAGUGAUUGGGGAUGUGAUCCAGGUGUACAGUGGAAGCCAUGGCAGAACCAUUGUCUUCUGUGAGACAAAGAAAGAAGCUAGUGAACUUUCCUUAAAUGCAUCCAUCAAACAGAGUGCCCAGUCCCUUCAUGGUGAUAUUCCACAGAAACAGAGAGAGACAACCUUAAAAGGCUUCAGGAACGGGUCUUUUGAGGUUCUGGUUGCUACUAAUGUUGCCGCCCGUGGAUUAGACAUCCCCGAAGUGGACCUGGUGGUCCAGUGUUCUCCACCCAAGGACGUAGAGUCAUACAUCCAUCGUUCAGGACGUACAGGCCGAGCAGGAAGGACUGGAAUCUGUAUCUGCUUCUAUCAGAGGAAAGAAGAGAACCAGCUGCGCUUUGUGGAGAACAAAGCAGGAAUUACAUUCAAGCGAGUUGGUGUUCCAACUGCAAAUGAUAUCAUCAAGUCAUCGAGCAAAGAUGCGGUCAGGUUUUUGGACUCUGUUCCAGUUGCAGCUAUUGAAUAUUUCAGAGCAUCAGCUGAGAAGCUGAUUGAAGAGAGAGGUGCAGUAGAGGCUCUAGCUGCUGCCUUGGCCCAUAUCUCUGGAGCCACAACUCUGGAGCAGAGGUCGUUGCUCAACUCUGAUGCAGGUUACACCACUAUACAGCUGUUGUGUUCUCAGCAGAUGCAUAAUCUAGGUUAUGCAUGGACAACAAUCAAAGAGCAGCUAGGGGAACAAUUUGAGAACCACAUUCACAGAAUGACCUUCCUCAAAGGCAGAACAGGAGUUUGUUUUGAUGUCCCAGCUGAUAAAGUCAAAGAAAUUCAGGAGAACUGGAAAGAUGGUCGCCGCUGGCAACUGACUGUAGCCACAGAGCUCCCAGAUCUGGAGGAGAAACAAUUCAAAGACCAUGGUGGUAACCGUGGUGACAGAGGAGGGUUCAGAGGUGGAAGGGGGCGAAAUUUCAGGGGAAACGGUAGCUUUGGCAACAACAGAGGCAGUGGCGGUGGCCGUAACUACAACAGAGGCAGUGGAGGUGGCCGUAACUACAACAGUGGAGGACACAAACGCAGCUUCAGUCAAGCUUUUGAUAACUAAGUGCCAACCAGUGGACAUAGCCUCUUACUAGGGCUGAAGAUCUACAUUAUAAACAGGGAAAAUAUAAAAUUGAAUAUACAAGUCAUUGAAUUUCAGAUACUGUGUAAAGAAACUGUUGUGAACAGGAUAGUCUAUUUCCAAUUAGACAGAAAUAAAUUAAAAUAAAGUUCUUUUGAGUGGCAGCCAUGUUGUAACCGUAUUAGGUGAUGCAUUAGCUGAAACAUUUUAAAAAGGGUCCAUUUUCAUAGUUCACUUUAACAAGAUCCAAAAUUCAGAUUCUUUAUCUCAAAUGUCUAAAAAUCAGUCCCACUGGCUAAUUUUCUGGUAAUUAGUUAUGUAAUGACAUGGUAUAAAUUGAAAGCUGGAAUCUGUCCUCCAGUUGGUUAUAGUUAGUUUCUUUAUGGAUACAUAUCCAUUUAUAUCAGGUGUUUGGGGAACAGCAGCAGUAAUCAGACUUGAGACUUUGUCUAAGAAGAUGUGACAUUUUUUUCCCAGCAAUAUGUAAACUUUCUAUUUGUAACAAGGAUACAAUAUAUUUAUUCAAAGUUUUCUAUAUCAUGAUAUUGCUUCUUUCAACCCGCUGUGUCACACAGGAGGUGCUUUGUUUGAAGAUUAGUUAAUAAGACGUGCCCACUGUCUGAUUUCUAUGUUGCCCUCAAUAGUAACAUCUCUCCCCAAAAGUACAUUGGAUGAUUGCUUUGCAAUUGCUUCUAUUUAAUGACGGUCUACUGCUUCAUUUAUUUGAAUGAAAAGAGCUGUUCAUUAAAAACAUUUAAAAAAGUAAA